AUGGCAACCGACCGCGCCAGCCCGACGAGAUCGGGAUCUCCCAUCAGCUUGGAGGCGUUCUCGAUACGGCCCCACACUAUCCUGGGUCUCAAUCGCACGGCGAGUUCGGAUCUGGCCCUUCUUCAGACGGGCAGAUUCGCCGAUGCUCAGAUCGUCUGUCGAGGUACUGUGUGGAAUGUGCACAAGGCAAUUCUUUGUACUAGAAGCCGCUGGUUUUUCAGAGCUCUGGAUGGCGAUUACCAGGAAGAGACUCCUGGCGAAAUUCCAGUCUAUGAAGUCGAUUACGACAAAGACUCGGUGGAAUGCCUUUUGAUGUACAUUUACACCCAAAGUAAGGAUUCUUCAAGGACCGACUUCCUAUCAGAGGGAAUACUAACCACGGUCCGGCCCCCAGGUGUUCAUCUAGCAAGGAUGAGGCUCUUCGAGCUCAAGGAUGCAAAUGUAUGGAGAGCUGGGGUCAUCCUCUGGAGCCUCGGCCAUUUCUUCCAGCUGCCCAAACUUGCCAACGAGGCGCUUUGGAUGAUGGAUGGCUGGGGUCGCCGCGCUCGGACUACCAUGUGUGUGGUCAAUUCGCCCAUUGCGUACUACACCGAUUGCUUGGAAGAGGGAGUCCGAGCUGCCUUUGAAGAGUUCCCCCACGCCAAGCCUUGCCAGAAGCUCCUCUUAGACUUGUUCUACGACGGAAGGCUCCGUAUGUUCACCGAUCCGUCUUUCAGGGCACUCAUCGACAAUGUCCCCGCCUUUGCCAGCGACAUGUUCAAGGCCGUCCUGGACUGGGACAGCGCGGGAAGGUAUUGCGGUGGUAUUUCGGACAUGGCCACUCCCGAUCUCAUCCAUUGCGUGAUUUGUAAUGAGAAGAUCUACGACGCCAGCCCGCCCCGGGAGGCGGUGUACUUUACGUGGAGAGACACGGCCAACAGCCAGGCUUCGUGGAAGUUUCGAUGCACGUCCUGCCCCAAGUAUUGGAACCUCCCUUGGGAGCCGAUACCCAACUUGAUUUGA